UUUUCCCAAGCGAAAAUUCAUUGACAAGGCUGGGUAUGCUCCGAGAUAUGUUACGUGUUGCACCGCAUUGGGGUUAACUGCGAUUCUGUCGUGCAUCACUGCUAAGGAGGGGGAGGAGGAGGAAGAUCUUAUAAUGUAUCGUUUCUGAAAGGUAUACAGAAACGAUCAAUAAUGACUGAAGGGAGACUGUAAUUAUUGUAAUGUAAUUUUACCCACAUCGGGAUUAAGAUCUGCCUUUUCCUCCAUUAUGCUGGUUAUGAGAUUCUUCAAUUCAAUUGGAAAUCGCUCAAUCUUAAAAAACACCAUAUCUACCAAACAGCAUCGGCGAAUUAUUGAUAUAUUUUUCGUACAGACAUAAAUAAAAAAAAUGGUGAUAACUUAGUGAUGCAUCUAUAUAUCUUUGAUACUUCAAUUUUACUAUGACAAAAGCAUCUUGACAUAUUUUGAAGAAGUUGUGAUAAGUAUAAAUAUUCCUUGACGGUGCAAUUAUAUAUAUACAAAGAUGGAUAGCUCGGAGUAUGAAAUGGUCAGGAAUAUGACUCUUCUCUUCUUCUUUGAACGGUUGAUGGACAAAGGCGGUCCACGGACAUUGCAUGACCUGAGUUGCCAAUUCGGGGCGAAGGGCUUCACGAAGGAGAUGCGUCAGAUAGCGGGAGGAUCGCAAAGUGGCCUUAAGAAAUUUCUAGCGCAAUAUCCGUCGCUGUUCUUGAUCGACGGUGAUUACGUGUCCGUCAAUACGCUCCAGACGGUCGUGGAAGAGGAGAGUGGAAGUAAAUCGGGUAAACGCGACUAUGCCCGCGAAGCCGUGGAAUACUUUACAAAUAAGCUGUUGCAGUACGGAGUAGGCACCGAAGUUCCCAUCAAGAGCCUCCUGGGCCAUCGAUCGCAAGCCUCGCCGGAAGUCAGACACAUAUCCGGUCAACACUACAAGGAAUUUCGUGAUUUUCUUUUAAAGUACCCGGACGCGUUCGUAAUCAGUGAGGAUAAUGUAAUAUUGAAGCAAUACGAAGGCAUGAAGCCGGAACCCUUCCACGAAUUAGAACCGGACAUUCCGAUAGACCCGGACGUUACGGCGAAGCUGUUGGACUUCUUCUGCGCGUGCAUCGAGCAGAAGGGUCCGAUUCUCAUAGACCAGUUGUUCAGUAUGGUCAAUGAUAAAUUCACCCACGAGAGUUGGACGAGCAUAUUCAAAACGCCGCAGGAUUUGUCUACCUUCAUAAAGAUGUUCCCGGAUGCGUUUCACGUGCAGACCAAUCUGGUCACGUUGAUAAGCCGACCAAAGUCUUCGGUGACGGAACCAGCGGUUGCGAAAGCGAAGCAGACAAGCGAAGCAGGCAAUCAACGAAGUCAGAGCAACAGCGUGACGAACGCCGUGCCGAUUAUACCGCCGAGCAGGAUCCAGUUCUCUCAGUCGCCCCCAAGCCAGUCGGAAAGUGCCUGCCUGAAUAAUACCACGUCUCAGUCGAAUUCGCAGCAGAAUGCGUACACGUUGCCUGUCGAAAGCAAUAACAAUAACUCGCCACCCGUGAGUUUGCAGCAGCAGAGCCUCAAGCAGAGGUUCAAUACGAUCGUUAUGAGGACUCUGGCGGACAACACGGAGCGGGAUCGCAGUCUGCAGACUGCACAGAUGGGUGACGCGUGGAAGUUGAAAGUGCUGCAACAGACCAGGGUGAUAGCGACUCCGCGAGAAAGUGCUCAAAUUGUAGAGGAUAUAAUAAAUCCUCGCAAGCCUCCCCCCGACGGCAAGGUGGUCGUAUCCUUCGACUGCGAGGGCAUAAAUCUCGGUGUCAAGGGACAGUUGACUCUCGUGCAGGUUGGUACGAUGAGCGGCCAAGCGUACGUGUUUGAUUUAUUCACAUGUCCGAGUCUCGUUCAGGCUGGAGGUCUCCAAAAGCUGUUGGAACAUAAAAAUGUUAUUAAGGUGAUUCAUGAUUGUAGAAAUGACAGUGUCAAUCUGUACAAUCAGUAUAAAAUUACGUUGACGAACGUUUUUGAUACACAGGCUGCGCACGCAGUGCUUCAGUUUCAAGAAACGGGAAAACCUGUGUACAAAGUUAAAAACGUUAAUCUGAACACUUUGUGUGACCAUUAUGGUGCUCCGUGUAAUCCACUUAAAGAACAAUUGAAAAAUAUUUAUCGCAAAGAUCAACGCUAUUGGUCCCGGCGGCCUAUGACUCGUGAUAUGCUAAUUUACGCGAGCAGCGAUGUUUUGUGCCUUGUACCUCAAGUUUAUAAUGCCAUGUCUAGACUUAUAAAGCCGGAAAUGCAAGGUCUGUUUGCAGAGUUGUGCGAAGAACAAAUUCAAAUGCACAUAAGACCGGUAGAGGUAAAAGCGCGUAAGAAACAGCGAAAGGUCGAGACCGAAGUGGCAGAUCUGAAAAAGAGGAUGGAAGAAGCGACGAGUAAAAAUAUCGUGCUAAGCAAUCGUGAGAUUCGGCUUCUCCGAUACCUGGAUCUUACCGAAGAUGAAAAAGAGAAGCUCAAAGGAAGUUAUAAAGUUGCGCGGAAAUUGGAGAAGCUGGAGAACAUGGGUCAAGAUAAAGCUGAUAGUAGCGAUGAUGAUGAUGAUGAUAAAACGGACGAUCCCGAGUAUCAGAGUUUAGAAAGUUAUACCUCGGAAAAUUCUCAUUCUGGUGGUAUAUUGUCGCCACGAAGUGCUGAUACUCCGAGCUUGACCGAGUCGAUGCAAAUGAUGGAUGAAAUACUAUCGGAUGGUCAUAUGGACAAAUUGGAAAAGAUCGAGAAGCUGGAAGCUAUACUCUCGGCUGUUACUAGCUCCGCGACUGACCAACUUUCUGCCAACAACGUAGAUGCGUCACCUACGAAAUGCGCGUGCACGUGUCAGGGCGAUAAGACCGACAGCCCACGUACAAACCGCCAGGCUACCGUGACUAACGUGGCUUGUCAAACGCUUAGCACUGGUGAUAUAGUAAUUACUAGAAUCUUCGUCAGCGAAGAGGAGAAAGAGAGAGUAAGAUUGCAGAAUUCGCCAAAAAAGUAGGUAUUACAGCCGCUGUGAAGGUAGUCGAAGAUUUCUUUUUGCCAUUUAUAGAUUUUUUAUACAAAAAAUGAGGAAUGCAUAAAAGGGGAAGAAGUAGUUGAAAUUGAUAUCUAUUUUACGUAAUUUAACGAGAUUCAUCGAGCAGAGAACUGGCGAAAUUCACAACGUAUGCUUUUUGGCAUCUGCGCCCUUAAAAGUGUCUUAAACGAAUAGGCCUUGUUAUACACGCCUUUCCAGAUCUGACUGUAUAAUGAACAGAUUCUUGGAGAAAGGUUAUUAAUUUUUAUACGAGGUUGUAUUGUACGUUUAUUAUUCGCGCCUAAAGAUUAUCUUUCUUUUACUUCUUCAAGAAAGACCAAAUCUUGUUGAAUAAUGUAAGUGCGGACAAGAUUUUGAUUGACCGCAGAAUAACAAUUUUGCCAAUCGCAAUAUACAGUGUUUUAUGUUUGAGACUGGAAAUUAAAUUGCGAAGGAAGGAAAAACGUGUAAAGCUAUACUUUAGGCAAAGCGUAUAUACAUUUGUUGAUAGAAAAAUCCCGUUCAAAAAUUGUUUACGUAAGAAUAACGAUUGGUGGACGCUUUUAUAUAACAGCGUUAUGGAAAUAACAGAAUGCAUAUCAUUGCGAAACGAAAUUUUUUAUGAGUGAAGUACUGCAUUAAAAUCGCUGACUCUUGUGUUUUGUACGGCCUACUCUCUUAGCGUCACUUGCCAAAAGAGACGGAUCAUCGGCAGUAAAUAGAGUGACUAACGGCGUCUAUUUAACAAGCAAACGCUUUUCCCCACGGGAUAUAAGCUUAUGCACGCGAAAUAAACUCACACAGACCUCUUCCUUACAUCGAUUAAACACAAAUAUAUAACUUAUUUUCGUAUAUGCUAGCUAUACAAGUGCCAAGUUAAUAUAAAGUAUGUACAAUAUAAACGAAUUAAGAAAUAGAUACAUUUUAUAUGUCUAUUUAAGUAUGUGCUUGAAUAUUUACGCUCUCGCACUUCCAAUGAAUAAUUAUGAUCAAAUAGUUCUAAAUAAGAUCGACGUAUUGCUCGUCGCAUCACGUAGAUCUAUGCAUCCAUACACUCAUAAUAGCAUAUCAUAUCAUUAAUAAUGUAAACUGCCAGUAUCUAGCCAAGUGACAAUUUCAAAAGAUCGAAAUAAUUCAUUACCAUCCUAGAUCACAGGUGCUUUUAGUGCAAUACUUUACACACGAAUAAAAGUACAUGUUAAUAUAUUUACUAUCAAUUGCAUAAUCUUUUUUGACAUGUACUAAAGAGCAAAAAUUAUUAUGAGAAUAGCUGAAAGAAAAAUUAUGUAGAUAGAACAUUGACGCAUUCUCAUUAUUUACUAUCACUCAGAAGGGUAUGAGGCUCAACUAGGAUCAAAUUAUUCGACUGUCUCGUACGCCAUUCAUAAAGUAUGCCAGGAACUGUUGUAGUAUGUUCUGGACAAUCUGCAUGAAUUGUUUUAAUCUAAUCAAAAUGUCGCGUUAGUAAUAAUUUAAAAAAAAACUGUUAGUAAUAAUUUUACAAAAUUGAGAUUCUUGAGAAUGAAACAGUACAUCAGGUGUUCCUUAUAGUAUUUUGACGUAGAUAAUAUAUACAUCUUGACAUUAUAAUUGGGGAGGAAAGUAAUAUGGAGAUAAUAAUUGUGUAAGAAUUCCUUUUUAGAGAAUGCAUAAUCGCAUUGCUAUUAGAAAGUGCAAUUUAGUUCAUCGCGCCAAAUGUAUAGGAAUACAUUUGGCAAUCUAAAUUAUAUUGUUCGGUGGCAGCUAUUUGCAUGUUAUGUUAUUUAAAAUUAGGGCAACCCUGAUUACAUUUAUUAACAUAAAUGAUUCUCGAUAUACCGAAAUUUCAGUUACAAAAUAUUGCGUUAUUUAAAUAAUAUAUGUAAAACAAUCUAUGAAUAGAAUUUUGUGUACAAAUGUAAAAUGAGCAUCCUCAGAUUCGAGUUUAAUUCUACUCGCAUUAAAGUUCUUGGGUUCUUUACAUUCCUUUUAAUUCUCGAAAACAUGCAAUAUGUAAUACAAAUUCCUAUAAAUAUAUAUUAGAUGUACAUUUAUAAAUUAAACAAUAAUAAAGAUUUCUGUAUAUCGACAA